CUUUUACGCCCAUUUCCAGUUUCACGCUUGCUCAGGCUCGGCCACAAAAACGAACAUUUUGAAACCCAUCUGUGAAGAAUAACUGAGCUGUUCUGCCACACUCGUGAAUGGGAAAUCAUAUUUGGAUGUUUUGUACUUUUUUUUUGUGUGUGGUUUAGUGGGAUAAUUUCAUCAGGCUUAAGUGCUUGUCUUCAAAGAAUUUAGUCAGUCAUCUUUCUCGAAUGGAUGCCUACUCCGCGAGCUGAGUAAUUGUCACCUCUGCAGUGCCGUGGUGUGCGCUAGCCUGGCACAGCCUGCUUUUAUCCUGCUUGACUGGCUUCAGCUGAGGCACUGUGACUCAGUCGGCUGUGCGGCAAACAUUUGGACAGCAAGUGCAGCGAUUUAUUGGGAUAUUAUAGCAGCUGCCCUUUACAAUGCCAUUAUAAGCCGAAGUUCCUCAGUGCGGACACAUCGCUUGAACCUCGACCGCAUCUGAAUCGACUCAACGCUUUCCUUCGUCGAGCCUCCCUGGCGUUUUCCUCUGUAGUGAUUCAACUGUUUGGAUACAUCCACUUAUUUGAAUUUGGGGGUUUAUUCUUUCCCAUGGCAUGCUGUUUUAAAACCCGCCACCAUGGAAGCUGGACACUUAACAGUCACUUUCCAGAUGAUGAAAGUGAGCAGCACCACGGCACGAUGGUGGGAGAGACGAGCAGCACGGGAGACAGCACCCCUCCCCCAAAACGCAAGGGCAAGUUCCCCAACCUUGGCAAGAUCUUCAAGCCAUGGAAGUGGCGAAAGAAGAAAAGCAGCGAGAAAUUCAAGGAAGCGUCAGAAGAGCUGGAGAGAAGGAUGUCGACGAGGCGUACCCGGCAAGAACUUAUAGAUCAGGGGGUGCUGAAAGAAGCUCCAGACAACGAUGCGGAUGGAGCAGCACAAAGCCUGAAGCAGCCCUAUGUGAAGAACGGCCACACUCUGCCCGUGAAUGUAGGAGUGGGGGUUAGUGCUGGAAGGAGUAACCAGGGCCGAGUGCCCUCUGAUUCAGAAUUUAGAAUAACCCCUACUUGGCUGGCCCAUUCAGACGACCAUAGGGGCCGAUCACCCCCAGAUGCUGAACGCCGAAGAGUUUCAAACUCCAGGGUUUCCGGUCCCCCGGAAGAAGUGCAAAGAGGAAGCGGGGUGAUUGGGCCCCGUGUACAUGGGGAGGCAGAGCGGAAGCCUAACACAUCGUGGCAUGGACAGAUUCACAAUCAGAUGGAUGAAGGCAGAAGUGGAGGCCAGUUUUACCCUGAAGAUGGACAGAGAAGGCCUGGGCUGCAGAAAGCACCCUCAGAGGAUGGCAGGAGGAGUCGACCGGCUGAUGUAGAUUGGAAGCCUACACUCCCCCGACAUGCAUCUGCAGAAGAGGGAAGGGCCCGUAGAGAAUCAGACAGCCAUUUUGUCCCUGACCCUGAAGCACUGAAGGACACCCUUCGUGAACCUCUGCCACCUAAACAGUCCGUCAUGCCUCCAAAAUGGUUGAUAAGCUCUACGCCUGAACCAGGCAGCGAGGGGCCACUUCGCCCCCCAUCGAACCACAGCUCGGCCCAGUACCCAUCACUCUCUGCAUCCCUGAGUACUGCACCCAAGCCUACAAGGAACACCUCAGCUGUUGGUACGACCACACAGCUGUCUUCAUCUGCAGUCUCGUCGUCCGCCUCUCAGGGCACCAAGCAGCCACCUCUGCCUCCGCCCAAGCCGGUGAACAGGGGCAACCCUGGCAUGCUGGUCUCCGCCCUACAGGGUGGAGAGCACGCACAGCUUCCGCUCUACUGGUCCUGCUGGAAGCGAGAGUGCGAGUACGAUGUCUAUCUUUCCCUGCCUGUGUACCUGUGCCGGCGGGCUGGAGGCCUGCGCUCAGGUGACCUCACCCAAGCUGCCGGGGGUGCCAGUGUUGUCCCAGCGAAGCCCUCCCCUCCAAUGCCUCCAAAGAGAACCACCCCUGUCACCAAACGCAACACCGAUGACUCCUCCGCUUCAAGCCAUCCCCUCACGCCCUCGCCACUUUCUCUUGAGGACGACAGCUCUGUGAGCUUUCAGCUGCCUCCCGCUCCUCCAUCCCCUCCGCUUCCGUCGCACAUACCUCCUUCUCCACCCCGACAACAAAUACACCCCCACCACCCUCAUCUUCAGCACUCUUAUCCGCACCCACUGCCCCAACCUAUACCAAUCUUGUUUGAUCCCCCAAGUCCUGUCAGUGAGUCACCCCAACGCCCAGCCCCUGUCCCACUGCACAUCAUGAUCCAGCGAGCUCUGUCCAGUCCCGGCCCUGUUCACCCCAACCCAGAUGGGUCACAACGUGCUCACACAUUGCUCUUUGAAACGCCUCCAGACUACCAAACUGAUCGAAGUCGCCCCCUUCCUGUCAGCAUCCAGCCCCUAAAGCUAUCUGAAGACGACUACUCUGAAGAGGAGGAAGAAGAGGAGGACGAUGACGAGGAAGAGGAGGAGUACGACGGGGAGAUACCCCAGCCUAAGCUAGAGCCACGGAGUCGCUGCGGCUUGGUUGUCGAUACUGGAGUUUGUGUCAUCCCCGGUGAAGAAAACAGUGAGGAAGAGGAGGAGAAUGAUGAAGAGGAUGAAGAGAAUGACAUUCACAGAGAAGAUAGUGACUCAGAUGGUCCUGUGCCUUUUAAAGAGGAAGAAUCAGAUGAGGAGGAAGAGCCACUGAGUGCCCUGGCCAGCAAAGUGAAGAGGAAAGACACUCUGGCUCUAAAACUGAGCAGCCGUCCCUCUGCACCUGACAGGGACAGAUUUGCACAGGAGAGAAGCACCAGAGAUGACCAGCUACCAGGACAGGCUGGCCUCACCUGGCAGAGUAGAGAGCAAUGGGAGGCCAUUCGCACGCAGAUUGGAACUGCGCUUACCAGACGUCUAAGCCAGAGACCCACUGCUGAGGAGCUUGAGCAAAGAAACAUCCUCCAACCCAAAAAUCAAGCUGACAGGCAAGCAGAGGUUAGAGAGAUUAAGCGAAGACUGACCAGAAAGCUGAGUCAAAGACCCACCGUAGCAGAAUUACAGGCCAGAAAAAUUUUGCGAUUCCACGAGUAUGUGGAAGUCACAGAUGCCCAAGACUACGACCGCAGGGCGGACAAGCCGUGGACCAAACUGACCCCUGCUGAUAAGGCAGCCAUCCGGAAAGAGCUUAAUGAUUACAAAAGCACUGAAAUGGAGGUUCACGAAGAGAGCAAAAUCUACACAAGGUAUCACCGGCCUUAGCAUCCACACUCUUCAGAUGGUGAAAGAAGCACUUAAAAGUCUCUGUGGCAAGCAGCUGUUGACUAUGCAGACAGAUCGGCCCUUUCUCGUUUCCUGAAUGUAUCGUACAAUUUAUCAGGGACAGCCUGGAACUGACUAGAGACAAGAAUGCUUCUCGCUUCACCUCCAUCACAAUUGUUUUCAGUGAUCAGGUGGUGGAAGAAGAUGCAGUAUUUAUCCCAGACAACAGGGGGAACCACGUGCCAACCAAAUGGAGACAUUUGCAAAGGACCGACAGUGCGGGGCUUCUACCCCCCCUCUGCUGUAAUGUGGUGUCCUCGGGGACCUGGAUCGAGUUAAUACCUUUAAUGCGGCCUCAUUCUCUGUUGCCUUUUUUCUUUACCGUGUAUGGAAACGCUAAUUCAUUCAUCUUGUUUAUGUGAGAACAUAAAGUAAUAAUAGCUAACAAAAAUGGUAAUUUCUAGUACUAACUAUUGAGAUACAUGGCUGUAGUGCGUGUGGACUGGAGGAUGCAGACUGGGAUUUUCUGUUUUAGGAUUGGACAUCUCUGGGAUAUUGUGUUUUUAUAUGAACUGUACAGAUUUCUAUUAUAAUAUCUUCGAUUGAAUCUCAUAUCUAAUUCCAAUAUGUGUAAUACACAAGAUAUUCUAUAUCAUGAGUUUGAUCACGAGUAGUGACCUUUUUUUUUUGUUUGUUUUUUAGAUUUCUUUGGCUUGCCUGUAUUUAAAGUCGUGUUGUGAGGUGGCCGUUUAAGCGUGAGUCUUUAGAAAAAGCACAGAAGGUGCAGGCCAGGAUGCUGUAGGUAAAUUUGUGUGCCAAUGUACCCAAUGCCUAAGGAAACGAUAGGAUAUUGGUGUUCAUAACAGUCAUUUCUGAAAUCUGCAUGAGCCAACAUGAAUCUCAAUGUCAUUGGGUCUGGAAACACUCUUCAUUUCUACUUUUGUAUGAGUUUUGUACUACCCUUUAUUCACACAAUGCAUAUCUGUAGCCAUUUUGUAUCAGGUCAUGCUGGUGUUGUUGACCAAGAAUACAAUGCAAGUUGCUGUGAUAGAUCAGGGGUUUAUCAAAAACAAAAAAAAAAAUCUGAAAAUAUAUGAACGGUCAACAGGGGAUCGUUUUGGCUGGAACUUUUUAUCUGCAACUGUUUUAUUUUGUAGUUUCAUCUGGCCAGUAGCUGACAGGGUUCUCUAAUCUGUGUACAGGUGGAUUGUAGGUUUCACUGACGCUUGUGUAUAUCUUGUCUUCCUUUCAUUUGAAAAGAAAUUUUAAAUAAAGUAUUAUAGGUUGCUAUUUUUAAGAACGGAAUCUUAGUUUAUGAUUAAAUGCUACAAGAAUGGGAAUGAAUAUGUACCCUCUCUGUAAAGCUGAGUUCAUUUUUAAUUGAAUGUGAACAUGUACGGACUGAUAGUAGUUUUUGUUUUAAUUGUACAUAGUGACUUCUGGAUCUAAUUAAAAAUCUUACAGCUUGAA